UGAAAGUUAAAAACCCUUUAUAAAUCACUUUGUACCGGAAUUCCAAGCGAAUAACAUCGUGUUCGGCUCGAGUGAAAAUCUUUUUGUGUUUUGUUCCAAAUUCUUGUUAGAAUGCCCGCAAAGAAGGACUCGUCCAAGGGCUCCAAGAAAGGGGCCGCGGCUCCUGCGGGGGCGAAACCGACCACCGAUCCUGUAACUUCUGGAUCGACUGCCACCGUGGAACCAGCCGCCAAGGAAGCCAAGGGUGCCAAAAAGGGCAAAGGCAAGAAGAAAUAACUUUUCGACCAAGGUUUCUAGAAUCGAAAAAUAAGUUAUGAAGCUCCCCUAAUGGAUAUAAUAAAAAAAGAAACCCAUUUAAA